AUGAAGCCUGAAGCCAUCGACGCUUUCACGACGGAUACCAUGAGGCCCGAAGCACUCGAAGCCGCCAAGGCACCAGUCGCUCAAGACAGCAUGCAGCCGGCAUCAACAGGCUCCUCGGGCACCGAGCAGGUCUUACCAGACACUGAUGCCACUCCAGCCGAUUCGUCCUCAGAAAGCACCGCACCCACGGCAACCGAUUCCAAGGGUGAGACUGCCGGUGCUACCACCCUCGUCGCAGAAGUUCUCCAGGGCGCCAAGUCCGCAGUCGACGACGCGUUGACCUGGGCCGAGAAGAAGGUCGGCAGUCUAGGCUUAGAGCAAGGCAGUACCGGACCUUAUGACUCGCCAGCCACAUGCAUGCCUUCGGACCUCGAUGCCAUUGCCAGUGGCAUUCUGCCUGCUAUGCCGAGCAAGAAGCACGACGAGCAAGACCCAAAGGCUAAGAAAGACGAGAACGAGGACGACAAGUGCAAGGAAGAGGGCACGACUGAGUAGCCGGGCGCGCACACGGUCAAGACGCGGAGCACGGCGGGUUGCAAUAGCAACUGACGGAGAUAGCCGGCGGUGAUCACGAUAAAGCGAGCGAUAAAUGCUGCCUCCGCAUAACUAGUCUAAUCAGCAAUCGAUACAUGACUCUCAGCAUGAUAUGUUUAGCUUCCCAUGAUAGGCCCGAAUAUGGGAGGCGCAUUAG